UGAGGAUUUCGUUUUGGCAACACCGUUGGAGUCAGUGUUCUCGUUCUCUCUUCAGUGGCUAGUAUUUGUUGCCCACAAAUAUUACGAUUAUUUAUAACGUUAUUGCCGUUUGUUGAAUUAGUUUUUUGUUCUUACUCUUUUUUAAAUAUGAAUCGAAAAGAAGCGUUAUCAACGUUCAUUCAACAAAUCCAUGCAAGACCUGUUGUUGUGAAACUAAAUAGUGGAGUUGAUUACAGAGGAGUACUAGCAUGUCUAGAUGGAUACAUGAAUAUAGCCUUAGAGCAAACUGAAGAAUAUGUCAAUGGUCAGCUGAAAAACAAAUUUGGUGAUGCUUUCAUCAGAGGAAAUAAUGUUUUAUACAUAAGCACACAGAAAAGGCGAUAUUGAGUAUUUUGAUUUGAGUUUUUCCUAUUUUAGAAUAUAAGGGAUGUUUAAUACAUGAGUAAUUUAUGUGUA